UGUCACACAUGAAAUACUCCAGCCCUACUGAGAGGAUUUCUCUCUCUCUCUCUCUCUCUCUCCUCCCUUUGCUCAGUGCCUCUUGCAGCCCCAGCCUCAGGUUGCUGCGGGAAGACUCUUUCCUUACCUUUUCUGGGAGUGAAGUGCCCAGGGCAGACGAGACCGGCUGGUGCAGGGGCAAGAUUGGAGACGGGAGAGACUUGGGGAAGCAAAAGUGGACUUGAUUUGAAAAAAAGAAAGAAGGAGAGUCUCCUCUUUCUCCAGCGGGGCCCUGCCGUCUCGCCGCAGUACAGGAUACAAUGAACAAGAUGAAAAACUUCAAGCGGCGGUUUUCCCUCUCCGUUCCCCGGACAGAGACCAUCGAGGAGUCGCUGGCCGAGUUCACAGAGCAGUUCAACCAGCUCAACAACAAGAAGAAUGAAGACCUGGCACAAGGGCACCUGCAGCUGGGCCACCUGGGCCGGGGUUUCCGGGCAGAGCCAACCUCCAUUUCCCCCUCGGAGGUGGAAGGCCAGUCCCCGAAAGCUGUGCGCUACCGAAGGAACAACCAGCGCCGCUUCUCCAUGGAGGAUGUCAGCAAGCGGCUCUCCCUGCCUGUGGACAUCCGUCUGCCCCCGGAGUUCCUGCACAAGCUGCAGAUGGACAAUCCAGAGUUCCCCAAGACCUUCAGCAGGAUGUCUCGACGGGCUUCCCUCUCGGACAUCGGAUUUGGGAAGCUGGAAACCUAUGUUAAAUUGGAAAAACUGGGGGAGGGCACCUAUGCCACUGUCUUCAAGGGGCGCAGCAAGCUAACUGGGAACCUGGUCGCUCUGAAGGAGAUCCGCCUGGAGCAUGAAGAAGGAGCACCCUGCACAGCUAUAAGGGAAGUUUCCCUGCUGAAGAACCUGAAACAUGCAAACAUUGUGACCCUCCAUGAUUUCAUCCACACGGAGCGCUCCCUCACCCUUGUCUUUGAGUACCUGGACAGUGACCUAAAGCAAUAUCUGGAUAACUGCGGGAACCUGAUGAAUAUGCACAACGUGAAGAUUUUCCUCUUCCAGCUGCUCCGCGGCCUGUCCUACUGCCACAAGAGCAAGAUCCUGCAUCGAGACCUCAAACCGCAGAACCUGCUCAUCAACGAAAGGGGAGAGCUAAAGCUGGCUGACUUCGGUCUAGCCAGAGCCAAAUCAAUCCCCACGAAAACAUAUUCCAACGAGGUGGUCACUCUGUGGUAUCGGCCCCCCGAUGUCCUGCUGGGAUCGACUGUGUACUCCACACCCAUCGACAUGUGGGGUGUGGGCUGCAUACACUACGAAAUGGUCACAGGACGGCCCAUGUUCCCAGGCUCCACUGUGAAAGAAGAGCUCCAUUUAAUCUUCAAGCUUCUUGGCACCCCUACAGAAGACUCCUGGCCUGGAAUCACAUCCAACGAGGAGUUUAAGGGUUAUCAUUUCACCCGGUACCAAGCCCAGCCCUUGAAAAAUCAUGCACCCAGGCUGGACACAGAAGGGAUCGACUUGCUGAUGAGCCUCCUCCUGUACGAAGCCAAAUGCCGGAUCUCCGCCGAAGAGGCCCUGCGACACCCUUACUUCAAGGCGCUGGGGGACCGAGUCCAGCUCCUCCCUGACAAUGCCUCCAUCUUCUCUCUGAAGGAAAUACAGCUUCAAAAGGACCCUGGCUAUCGAGGUUCAGCCUUUCAGCAGUCAGCCCGAGGGAAAAGCAGGAGACAGAGUAUAUUUUAAACUUGGCUCUUGUUCCCUUUGUCACCAUGGAGAUCAAAGCACUGAGAAAGGAGAGGACUUCAUGCUCCCACAGGACCCAUCCACAGAAUUACUGACUCUAACAGGAAGAUACUGGAACGCCCCUCUACCAUGGGGUGCCCUCUGUCUGCCCCCCAGAAUCCCACUUCUCACACCAGUCAUCCCACCAGUAGUUGUUUUCAAAGGAGCUCUGCCCCCAGUUGCUCAUUUUUCAUGUGACACCACCAAGAGUAAACUACUGUGUUCUGUACCCGGGUAAGGUACUUUAACUAGUGACUAGCUACCCUGGGAGUAGCCCUGAACUCAGGAGACUUGUGUGCCGGCCUUGUUACAGUCCUGUUUGCUGCAGGACAGGGAAGUGAUCUGGAGUGAAUAGGGGCGCCGCAGGCAGAGGGCAGAAUCUCCAAGGAUUGGCAGACAGCUGGGUGGUCAUAUCGCGGAAGACAUUUCUGUGAAUGCACGGCAUGCCUCUGCUUGGGCACCCUGCUAUGCCCACCGGUGGGGAAGUCAGACCUGGCAAGAUGCAUUGCACUGAAUGAAGGACAUGCUCUCACCAGCAGGGGACGCCCUACGGUGAGCCCCAUCCAGGGCUUCCUGACAUCAGACAUUGAGUUGGGAUGGAAACAUUUAACGAGGGAGCGCUCUCCUUCAGCCCCUCCCCCCAUGGUUAUCAACCAGGGAUCCCUCUUCCCCACCCCAUAAUUUGAGUCUCAUGCACAGUUCCUGGGAUUGCCUGAACGGCAGCCCCAGGAGGUGCAGAGGAAAGAGGCUGUUAAGGGGAAAAUGCAGAUUAGCUGGAUUCCUCUGAUCCCCUCAGUUUCCCCAACAACCCGACCCCCCCACCCCUCCCACAAGUUUAUUUUCUAAGCUCUGACACCUGUUUUGCGGCAGUUCCCAGCCCCUCUGAUUUAGCGAGAAACCAGUGAAGUCCCGUUUCCUACAUCAAAAUCAUGCUGUGUUUCUAAUCUGCCUUGCGCGGAAAGGUGCGUUUCCACUAGGAAGAGGACCCAUUUCCCAGCGUGUGGCUCUGGAAUUGCAGCAAAUUGUCCAGCCAGUUGGGCCCAUCUUUGAGCUCAUUGCAAAACAUGAACGAGCACAAGUAGUUUCACCUGUUGGUGCAAAUGAGCUGUGAAUGCACAAUGCUGCGUCAUUCCACCUUUGUGGUCGGCGUGUAAAGGUGCCGACCCUACCUCUGCAAGGCUGCAGGAUCAUGACCCAACUCAAACAUAACACACCCUAUUAAGCAGAAAACAGACCCACCUUUCACGACCUACCCGGUUCCCUAGGACUGAGCAUAUUGGUUUUGCCCCGUGUAUUGCACACCUGCUGCACUCAAUGGGACUCAAGUGCUUUGUUUGCUUUGCAUAUGUUCCUCCCCCUCUAUUCCCAGGCCGUGCUCAAUCCUUUCUGGUACAAGAAGGACCUGCUCAAACCUUCCUCCAAAGCUCAAACCAAACCUGAAACUUUUUUUUUUUUUUUGAAGUUUGAAAAAUUUGUCAGAAUUUUUUGAUUGGUUGGUUGAUUUGGGGAUUUUUUCUAUUUAUUUUUUUAAGUUUUCAUUCCCCGUCCAGCUACCUCAUCCUCACCGAUACCCAUCAUGACCCAGCUAGCACCAGGAAAUGAUGGGGCAUUGCUCUAGAGAGCAUGCAUCAUGGGCUGGUAGACUGACUGUGGGACUGGUAGGCAGGAAGUCCUGAGUUCUAAUCCAGACUCUCCUACUCACACACCGAGUAGCCUUGGGCAGGUGAUGGCACUCUUCUGUGCCUCAGUUUCCUCAUCUGUCAAAUGGGGCUAAUAAUCAUUAGCUGCCUCACUGUGAGGCAAAGCAUAAGUUAGAAAUGGACCUGGAUCUGAACUUUCCCAAAGCUUGAGGAGGUUUGGAUCCAAGGUUCCAAUGCAGGUCAGAUUCUAAAUGCUCAGCAUGAUCAUCCCCAUGAGAUUCCCAGCCCAUUCUAUACACCAAAGCAGGUUGGACCAAGUUAGGCUCAUCCCAGAUAAGCAUCCAGACCUGUGCAUUGUGUGAGAUUUGCCCAUCCCUGGUAGGUUUCUUUCGGUGUGUGUCCAGUAUACAGCUAGUUGGGGAAAACACUUUGUUUCCAUCCAUUAACUCAUUCAGCACUUCACUGGGUAGCACGUGAGUGAUGCGGCCAGCCUUUCUGCAUGCAUAUAGAAAUAGUGUUCUCUGUGCCAGCUGUAUCAGGGGUUUUCUUUUGACAUGUAAGAGGAAGGUUUACAAUAUUUGGUUGGUGUUAGCUAGAGUAAGUUUUAACCCCUGUUCCCCUUUAGCUAUCCCUUAACAAAGCUUUUUGCAUGAGCAUUUCCUAGGUAGAGCAGGAAUCUGUGCCAUGGGCUUACUCUUUCCAUUGCAGACACCUCUAUUUGUGGGUGAGUAACUCAAUUGACUGUUUACCCCAUCGAUGAAACUUCUCCUGUCGGCUCUGAGUCAGCAAGGGACUUAAAUGUAGGCUCAGUUUUAAGCACCCGAGUAAUCCCAUUGAUGUUAGUGGGCCUACUCACGUGUUACAAGUUAGGCACCUGUUUAAGGAGCUGUGCUAAAUUGGGUCCCGUAAUGUCGCAGCCUAGGGGUGAAUAUGGACCUAAUCCAUCUGCCCCCUUGUGAGUUAUAGGGCCAAGUCCAUCACUAGCCUGGGACAAUGCUCCCCAUCACUGGAAUGUAGAGCACUCAUACCCAGUGCCAGUGUCUUGCUUAUUCUCCUACAUACCUUGUCUGUGUUCUUCCUGCUCUCAUCAGCCCCAGGCUCUGAGGACUCAUCUAGUCAUGUAAGUCGUGAUCAGUUAUGUUGUAACAUCUGUGGCCGCCUCUGAAUCACAAUUGCUACAAUUCUGUGCUUGGAGUCUGUUUGGGAAUUUCCUGGCCACAGCAAGGAUAGAACUCAGCGCUUCCUGCUCCAAAGUCACAGGCUCCUGCCACCUGAGCGAAAGGGGGAUCCCCACUGAGCUUUCUGAGUAUAGAGCCUAUGAAGCCCACGUAGGCAGGUCUAGUUCCAUCCUGUAGAAGUUGCCCUAGAAAUUCUUGGUGUCCAACAUAGUGAGGUUCUGGGGCAGCUAACGAUUUGUUACACUGUUAACGACAGCGAUGUUUUCAUUGUCUUUGGGGCAGAAGAGGAAAAAGUGGUCUACUGGUGCUUGCAGUCUGUUUUCUGAGCACCGCAGCGCCCACUGAAAUUAACUUUUGUCGGAAGUGCACAGUGCCUCUGAAAAUCAGGCCCUGUCUGAAUCAGCUUAAAUCCUUCCAAGCCUAGGGACCAGAUCUUCAGAUAAAGGACAGACCAGAUUUUAAGAAGGCUUACAGGGGAGCGAGGGCCAGUGGCUUGGUAGGGUCAAUAGAAUCAAAGAAAUCAAAGGUGGGAAAAGAUGUUAUUAAGUCAGCUCAUCCAUCUCCCUUAGUCUUUUGGCUCUAACAACACAGGCUUCUAGCGCUGGGGCUAAAGGAGAGCUCCCUUACCUGGCAUCAGUAGCAGGCACUUGGUCUCUAGAGAGCGCCACCAGUCUCUUGGACAAACACGUCAGCAUAGUGCGUACCCUGCCUCCCACGCCAGUGCCGAUAGGGCUGAUUUUCAAAGGUGUUGCUGAGCAUCUGAGGCGCCUGUUGGCUUCAGCUGAAUCAGUGGGUGUUCAGCGCCUCUGGAAGCCUGCCCCUUUCCCCGCCACUGUCCACUCGAGAGAGGCCCACCAUGGAAAUACCAGGGAGAGGAGAGCAAGGGAGGCAAUGUCACCGACGAGUGGAGUCAUCCGGGGCUGCAGACUGGGACAGAAGGGUAUCAGAUGACCGUGACCGUGCAGCCGGGACUGUUUUCUCCAGCGAACGAGAAAGUUAUCUCCAAGCCUGUGACCUGUAUGCUCUUUACUCCUGCGUAGCUCUGUCCGUUCCCCCACACACCCUUCCUGAAGGAGAUCUCUUGGGCUGGACACUGUUAUUUAUUAGCCUAUUGAGCUGCUAUCAGGGUGAGUUUAAGAUAACACCUUUUGUUCCACUGCAUUAUUCCUUGCAUAAUGACAGGUUUCGGAGUAGCACAAAAGCUUAUGCUCAAAUAAAUGUGUUAGUCUCUAAGGUGCCACAAGGACUCCUUUUCUUUUUGCAUUAUUCCUAUUCAGGAGAGCGAUAGCGCAUGUAAAUAUUUGGCAGCCCUCUGAGCAGGGUUUGAUUUAUAAGCCCCCAGGACUCACUCCCUGGCAGGGCUUGGCAGGCUGAGUCCUAGUUGUGUGAUCUCUGGGUUCCUGCACAUGCUCUGCCGGUAAAUGCCUUCCAGACACCUACAUCGGAGCAGAAGCUUUUAGUACAGUGGCAUGAGGACACUGGUCAGAUCCUGAGCAAAUGUAAAUUGCCAUAGCCCCACGGAAGCUAGUGGAGCUAGGGCCAGAUAUACAAUGGUAUUUAGGUGCCUGAAGAGGCAGAUAGGCUCCUACUGGGGUUUACAAAAGCUUCUAAGCAGGUUAGGUGCCAAACUCCCAUUGAAAGCCAGUAGGCGAUAAGUAUCCAACUCGCUUGUAAAUCCAACUAGGCACCUAUCUGCAUGCUUAGGUGCCACAAUAUGUUUAUAAAUCUGGCCCCUCUGCAGAUUUACAUCUGCUGAGCAUUCAGCUCUGUCUCCUUUGGCAAAUGAAUCCAGUUCUGUUCCACUGUGUAUGUAGAGCGUUGCAUUAAUUUGAAUGUUUUCAAGGCUGAAGCAUUGGUUGUAUUUUGUUUCCUAGGGUUUCAUGGGCAUUAUUUGGUAAUUGCUUGGUGCAGCUGAGCUGUUUGCAGAAGGGAGAUGGCAAAUGCAAUUGAUAAUUUCAUAGAUGCAAGAACUAGAAUAGAGAUUCAGCCAGGAAUCGCUGACCUACCUCGUCUGUUUGACGAGAAGCAUGCAUUGUACUGUAAUAUGGUAUUGCCAUGAGCUGGCACACUUCAAGGCUGUGAUCAACUGGAUUGGCUACUCCGGUUGGAGUAUCAGCAACAUUAAUGGAGUGCAUUAGCCCAGUUGUUCUUGCUGCACAUCGAGUUCUUUAGGCGUGGUACUCUUCUCACUUAGCAAGGUGUGUAUCAGCCAACUUCACUGAAGUCAGUGGAAUGACCCCAGUGUAAAACUGGCGUGAGUCAGUGGAGAAUCAAACCCUGUGUUACUAAUCCAGUAUUAGGUUUGUGAGCACAAGUAGUUCCUGGGUUUUGUUUAGCUCUGUCCCAGUCUGACAGCCAGUUCAGGCAAGGCUUGGAGAGAGUCUUAAACGAAACCUGCUCUAUCCCCGGUGAUAUGUGAACCUUUUCCCCCCUCAUGGCCAGCAAGUAGAAUUAAAAGGACAUAAGAACAGCUAUACUGGUCAGACCAUGGGUCCAUCUAGCCCACUGUCCUGUCUCUGAAACUGGCCAAAGCCAGAUGCUUCAGAGGGAAUGAACAGAACAGGGCAAUUUUGAGUGAUCUGUCCCCUGUCGUCCAAUCCUGGCUUCUGGCAGUUGGAGGUUUAGGGACACCCAGAACAUGAGGUUGCAUCCCUGGCCACCUUGGCUAAUAAUAGGACCUCCCCCGCAUUUAAAAAUGCUUUUUAUAAAACCUAAUAGAAAAAUGGCCAUGACUUUUAUUAACUCAAUACAUUUAAAUCGGUGGAUUUAAACAUUCUCCAGAACAACAGCACUAAGACCAGGAAGUGAAACUGAUCAGUCUAAUAUCGCCUGAUGAAGCACAUACAUGGAAUAGUGGGUUAAAAGUAGAGCUGGUUGAAAAACUGGAAGUUGCUAUGGUUUUAUUUUUUUAAUGUUCACAGGUUUGAGUGUGUUUUGACCAGCCUUUAGUGUGGUUGAAAUUUUUCCAACAACUGGAAUUUCAAGGAAACUUUUCUGCACAUUUUUUUUUUUAAUUUCUUGGGUUUUUUGUAGACUUUUUUAAAUUUUUUGACCAGCUCUAGAAAAAAAGUGGGUUGGAUUUUUCUUUCAAAUCUAGGCAGUACUCCUUUAAAACGCUGUAUUCUUCCGUCCCAACAGCUGAUCUCUAGCUCCAGUAAUGCCGAUAACGCUAGUGUCAAUAACAAUGUCUGUGUUACAGGGCAACAAUAAAACUUUGGCGACAUAGUCAUUUUAUUUCCGACUCCCCAUACACCUUUCCUGGCUCGACACAUUUGCAGAUUUUUGUUGCAAUUUUAAAUAGCAAAACUGCAGUGUGUCUGUUCUCAUGGUAACGAGGAAAUAAGCAUUUUUCUCCCCCUCCUUUAAGGUGGAUAAUUAGAGGAACCAUUUUCUCCUAGCUUCCGAGCUGUGUGUGUGUUUUCUCAUGACUUGGCUUCACUCAGAAAUGAGGUCAUUGUUAGAACAUGAUCUUGAGGAGUUGAUUUAACUAACAUGAUGUUUAACAUGACUUUGCAGUCCAUGUCAUCUUGUAGGGGGAAAUGGUGCUUAAGAUCAGACCAGCUGGUUGGGGUUAAACCUAGGGGUCCAGCUGGCACCAUAUUAACACACACAGAUUUCUGUCUGCACUGACUGCAAAGGUGUAUUUAACACCACUUUAGUUAAUAUGCCUCCUCAAGGUCAUGUUCUAACAGCCUCAUUUUUGAAUGAGGACAAGGCCCCAGUGAUGCAAGAACCUUGAGUCACUAAGGCUCGGGGUAAAAGCAGACAGGUGGAGAAACAGCAGGAAGGUGGAAAUGGCUGAGCCCUACAGAUUCGCAUCUCAGUGGGCUUUGUGCCUUAAUAUCUGCAUGUGGAGUGGAGACCAGAACCCCCAUGGGUUUGAUUCUGCUCUCACGUGGGUAUUACACUGGUGAAACUGAAAGCAGAAAUAGAUCCCUUUAUCUUAAUUAGGACGCUGUCACUGUGGCCUCUGAUAGGAAGAUCCCAUGUCAGGUGCAGCUGCAAAUUUUUGAUGCCUGCAAACCUCACUCAUUGGAGUGAUCCCUACUCAAGGGGAGCAUCCUCAGUGGAGUCCUAGAACCAGGCCAUAACCAAAUGCUACAGCAUAAUUCGUAUCAGUUCAACCAACCGGCUCCUAGUGAGAUCUCUCAGUCCAUAGGGCCUGAUCCACUGCUCACUGAGGUCUGUGGAAAGCCUCCCAUUGCCUUCAGUAGGCAUGCUGCCAUGCCUCUGACAUCUUAAUCCCGAGGGGCCUGCACAGCUCCCAGGGAGGUGAAGUCCCCAGAGAACUGAAACCAUCGCACCCCACACUACCACCAUUUUCUAGCCCUCGUUGGCCAGAGUCUGCUCAGUUUCACCAGUGCAAAUCUGGCAUCCCACUGCUAAAGUCUGGAUUUACACUGGUCUAACUCAGAGCAAAAUAUUGGCCAAGGGGGUUCAACACAUGCAGUUCGGUCUUUGUGCGAAUUGGGGUUGAAACUAACAAGGCCCCUUGUGCCAAGAGCCACGGAUCUUUGCCUGAAAAUAUUGCUUUAGCUGUACUUUACCUGUUCUUCUCCUGUACUCUUGAGUCUUGUUGUUGAAUGCACCUUGCUGUCCCUUCAGAAUUUCUUGCUAGUGGUGUCCUGUGUUAACAGGUGCAAAUAGUAAGAAGCCCGCUUUCUGGUUUAUUCGUCACCUUCUUCGUCCUCAGCAUCUUGCUUUUCCUGGAAGGGGAAAUACACACACCCACGUGCGCCAGCCACCAAGGGUACCCAUGCUGUGAAUGUUCUCUGGUGUGAUUCAUUUGCAAAUACAAAUAAUAUAUUUAACUAUUACUGUAAAAACAGAAGAUGAAUUUUAAAAGGAAUCAUUUUAAAGGUUUAUUCCAAAAGCUGCAAUGAUUUUUUUUGUAUGGAAAGUUUCUCUGGAAUUAAUCGAAAGGUACAAAAAUAAAUAAAAGAUGGUAUCCUUGUGUCGGAAUGUUUUAUAAAGAUCCUGCGAUUUUUGUAUUUCAGAUGUGCCAUGGACUGUUUUGAGAAUGUGUUUGUUUUCUUGCUAAGGCUUAUAUUACAAAUGUAUUGUGAAUGCUACGAAGCCAAGAUUGGAAAAUAAACUUUAUUGAGUAGAUGGUA